AUGGGAGAUUCAAAAAAAUACAUUAUACUAAAUCCGAGGACACAGGCAAAGCUUGAAUUGGGAAGUUCUCAAUUGCAACGAAUAUACACGGAGCAACCCUCUACAAGUACUGCCACGACAGAGCCACAACCUUCUACAAGUACUGCUACGACAGAGUCACAACUAUUUACCUGUAUAACUAAUACCCCAAUUGUACAAACUGCUAUUUGGUCUCACAACCAAACCCUAAAAUUAAUAGAUUACAAAAUUAAUAGGAAACGAGUAGGGACGCUAGAAGUACGAAAUUUAAAAAAGAUGUGGGAAGUUAUAUGUGUAGAGAUUAAUAAGACAUAUAAAUAUAUCAAAAAAGAAAAAGAACUAUUCCUCAUGAUAAGAAAUCAUCAGAGGAUAUGCAAAAAUUUAAAAAAAAAAUAUUAUAAUGAAAUAGUAAACACAGAAAAGGAAAAAUUGGCAUUUAAAAAAGAAAAAUUGAAAAAAAAGAUGGAAGUGGAAAAUAAAAAAUUAUUAGCUAAACAAGAAGAAGUGGCUGCGUAUAAAGAAAGAACCGAUGUUUUAAAACUUUUUGUACAAAACAAUAUUAGUAUUCCAAAUGUGUAG